AUACAAAAGUUAGGUUAUGUCUUAACCUUACUUUCUCAUUUUGUUUCCUUCAAACGAAAUAAGUUUGUUUAUUUGCUGUUCAACUAAAAUUUUGGCAAAUUUCCUACACAGGAAUGUUAAAUUGUAUUAUCGUGAACAAAUGACAGAGUUGCACAAUCCUGCAAAUUAACGGUGUUGUAAAUCGAUUCAAAAAAUGGCAAGUACUGCUAUCGUUGCAGGGAUAGGAUUGGUGGUCGUCGGAUAUACUGGCAAAUAUCUGCUAAGGAUGGCUCCAGAAAUAUCUCAGAGAAUGGCAGAAACUCUCAAAACUCUUCCCAAAGUUGAUGGAAAUGCAUUCGCCAAUAGGAAAUACUAUGUGGGAGGAUUCGAACCGAAGAUGACAAGACGAGAAGCCAGCUUAAUAUUGGGCAUAUCACCCACCUCUAGCAAACUCAAAAUAAAGGAUGCGCAUAGGAAAAUAAUGCUGCUAAAUCAUCCUGACAGAGGUGGAUCACCCUACCUUGCAGCAAAAAUUAACGAAGCUAAAGAUAUGUUAGAUGGUAACAAGUAGGUGUGAACUAAAUUCAAACCUCCUGUUCUCUUGUAUAGUAUGAGAAAUAUUGUUUAUAUUUUUAGGAACCAAUCGAUAAUUACUGUUGUAGAUGUAUUAAAUAUAUAUUUGUGAAUAAAUCUUGAAAUUCAACCAA